ACGAAAAGCAGCAGCGCAAAGUUUUCAUCGCUUCGGUGCUACGAUAUUGUUCCUUAAUUGCUUGUUUCGAUACCGAGCGUGCUCGCGAAAGGUUUCCGCCGUUGUUUGUUACCAACACAUACCGACGAAAGCGGCCAACAUGUCCAGCAACAGUGAUCAGCUAAAGCAAUUCUCACAGAUCACCGGUGCAUCGGAGGAGAGGGCUAAGUUCUUUUUAGACGCCGCCAACGGUGAACUGGAGACGGCGCUAUCUAACUUCUACGAAGGCGAAAACGAGGAGGCGGACGUUUCGGACGAAGAAAAUCCGCCAGCCGAUCCGGGCACGAUUCUAUUUUCACAAUCAGAAUCGAAGGCAAAGGCUAAGAAGGCACCAAAGUCACAAUCGAAUAUUGCCACGCUUCGAACGCUAAACUCCUCGUCGUCCGAAGAUGAGGAAGAACAGGGCCAAGCGUUCUACGCCGGCGGUUCGGAGCGUUCCGGUCAGCAAGUGCUUGGACCGCCAAGAAAAAAUCCGAUCAAGGAUUACGUGUCCGAGAUUUUCCGCUCCGCCCAGCAAGGCAACCUGGAGACGAUGGACGUGUCGGAAGAAAGCGGAAGCUCUAGCUCGUCGCUGUACGGUGGCACCGGGUACCGACUCGGGCAGACGGAAGACGACCACCAGGAGGUACCGUCACGCGGUGGCCGUUCCGGAGGAUCCCGGUCGGAUCGGGUUUCGCACGAGAUCGUCACGCUUACGCUCUGGCGCCAAGGUUUCGUCAUCAACGAUGGUGAGCUGCGGCGUUACGAGGAUCCGGCCAACAAGGAGUUCUUCGAGUCGAUCACGCGCGGAGAAAUUCCGGAGGAGCUGCGCUCCAAGGGUCCUACGAUGAUUCGCGUUGAUCUGAAGGACAACCGGCACGAGGAAUACGUAAAGCGCAGUGCGCCAUUCAGAGCGUUCGGUGGCAGUGGCCAAACGCUGGGCAGCCCCGUUCCUCCGAUGGCCUCGGCCAGUAGCAGUAGCGGCAGUGGAAGCACUGCUGUGACAACCGGUGGCAACAAUGAGGAUAAUGAAAAACGUGCCUCGGAGGAGCUGGCACUCGACAGUAGCCAGCCGACGACGGCAAUACAGAUUCGUUUGGCCGACGGAAGCCGCCUGUCGGCGCGUUUCAAUCAAACGCACACGGUCGAUGAUGUCCGGCGGUAUAUCUCAAGCGCCCGACCGCAGUACGCAAGUCAGGACUUCGUUUUAUUGACCACAUUUCCGAGCAAGGAGCUGACGGAGGGCGCGCAAACGUUAAAGGACGCGGGCCUGCUCAACGCCGCCAUCAUGCAGCGGCUGAAGUAGAGCAGGGCGGGCGGCGACCCUAGUGAUUGCUACAUCCCGAUGUAUAAUGUUAGUUCAUAAUCCAUUUUCGGCAAAACAAAAACAGAAACUUUAGGUAAGGACCUAAGCGAGCUCCAGUCGGAAGCCAUUCUUCAUUCCGUCACAUAGCGCCACCGCAGCGUAAUCGAAAGCGGUCGUCACCGAUUGCUACGGGCGAAGAGUUUCCAUGGUUACGGGAAAAAUAAGCGUCGGAAGCAUGUUUGAGGAACAAUUGUGAUAAACUCUGAAGGACACGUUGUCGGUGGCGCUGCUUCUCGAAAUACACGAAUGGU